CAUUGUCAAUGUCAGUAAUCCGUUAAAUUGAUCAAAUCCAAUCAAAUCAAAGUUUUGAUUAAAAGUUUAUUGGAAGGUCAAUCAAGGUUUCUAAUACCUGUGUUACAAAGUUAACUAAAACUACUAAUCUGUCGUCUGAUAGACGUUAAAAUUCACUUGCGGAAGUUUUAGUUAUUAAAACGGAUGCUAUUGUGCUCCAUACCAGUAGGUGCAAAGAUAUACCUAGGAAAUACGCAAAAAAGUCCUGUUGGUAUCAAAAUAAGUAGACUGAUUUACAAAAUGGUGCUUACAACUCCCACUGUUAAACUUAACAAUGGUUAUGAAAUGCCUCUAGUUGGACUUGGUACAUAUGCGCGUAAAGCUGACCAAGGACAGUUCCGUCAAGCAGUUGAAUGGGCAUUAGAGGCUGGCUACAGGCAUAUAGACACAGCUUCCAUUUAUAACAAUGAAGAGGAAGUGGGAGAAGCUAUUUGUAAUAAAAUAAAACAGGGUUUGGUUAAAAGAGAAGACAUUUUCGUAACUACUAAGCUUUGGAACGACAGACAUGCAGAAAAGGAUGUAGUACCAGCUCUCAAAGAAUCUCUGGAGAGGCUUAAACUGGACUAUGUGGACUUAUAUUUAAUACAUUGGCCAGUAUCUGUUAAUAAAAAAGGUGAAGAUGAAGAUAUAGAUCAUGCGGAAACAUGGAGAGGAAUGGAGCGCGUUGCAGAGCUCGGUCUAUCUCGGACAAUCGGUGUAUCAAACUUUAAUGAACAACAAUUGACUAAAUUACUGGAAACGGCUAAAAUUAAACCUGCAGUCAACCAGUUUGAGAUAAAUCCGACAUUCACAGCGCACAAUUUGGUUGAUUACUGCAAGAAGAUGUCUAUAGUCCCAGUAGCUUAUACACCGCUGGGCCUUAUCUCCGAGGCAAGACCGGAGUUUAAUGGUGUUGAUGUUAUUAAAACUGAUCCGAAAUUAGGUGAAAUUGCAGAGAAAUAUAAUAAAAGUCGCGCACAGAUUGGAUUACGAUAUUUGAUACAACGCGGUAUUCCGGUAUUACCGAAAUCUUUUACUAAAUCGAGAAUUGAAGAGAAUUUAAAUAUAUUUGAUUUCCAAUUGACAGAUGAAGAGAUGAAGAUAGUUGAUGGUUAUAAUUUAAACCAUAGAUGUGUGCCCGGACUUGCUUUUAAGAAUUGCAAGAAUUUCCCGUUUUAAAACAAAUAGUAAGUGUCUAUGGUCUACAUAGAAUUAUAUUGGUCAAAGUUAAGUUUAAAAUAUUUCAUUUUUAGGUUUUUAUGGGAUAGUUUUAAAUUACUCUGAUUUUAACACUUUGAUUACUGACGCUCCUUGAAUUUACUUCGAUGAAAAUAUAGCGGCAGUGAAUGGGUUAAUAGUAGACAAAAGAAGCCAAGCUUCAUUUCCUAUUAAUGUGAUAGUAAUCAUUGGAUUCCAAAUAAUUUAAAUAAGAUGCAGAACAUUUUCAGUAAAUAAAAAGCGUAGUAUUUAAGUAAUUGAAACAAAUUUAAGUUAGCUCAUGUUUUAUACUUUGUUAAAAUUUGCAUAUUAAUAAAACUACAAAUCAACAAUCUCUUUUUUUG